AGAUAAGACUGAGAAGCAGAGAACCGAAAGAAGAAGAAAAAACAAAACUCAAAGUCGCAACAGAAAGAAAAGAAACGAGAUAUGGUGGUAGGCGGCGGAGGAGGAGGAGAUCAGAAGAGAAGCGGCGGAGAAAUGAUGGCGAUGGCGAGUUUGUUCAACGAUCAGCAGAAUCCAAUUCAACAAUUUCAGGUCAAAUUCAAAGAAGUAGAAACUAAUUUCAAGACGUGGUUGUCGAAACAGUCGAUUCCGGUGGAAGCCGCCGUCGUCUCCACCAUGAGCGGUGUACAAGGAGCUUUCAUUGGUGGUCUCAUGGGAACACUCUCUCCUGAAAUGCCUCAAGCCGGCGUUGACCCUCAAGCUAUAGCCUCGCUGAAACAAGCUCAGGCUCUUGUGGGUGGUCCUUGGGUCCAAGCUCGGAAUUUUGCUGCCAUUACUGGUGUUAAUGCUGGAAUUGCUUCUGUAAUGAAGCGGAUUCGAGGCAAAGAGGAUAUUGAAUCUGCAGUGGUAGCUGCAUUAGGAUCUGGAUUUGCAUACUCUUUGGUGAGCCAAGGAUUGCAAGGACAACCUAUGAAUGCAAUCACCACUGCGGCGGGAUUCGCUGUUUUUCAAGGAGUGUUUUUUAAGUUGGGGGAAAGAUUCUCGAAACCGAGCACUGAAGAUCCGUUUUACACACGAGGAAGGACAAUGCUAGUGAAGUUAGGUUUAGAGAAAUACGAGAAGAACUUCAAGAAAGGACUUUUAACUGAUCCCACAUUGCCAUUGCUCACUGAUAGCGCGCUGAAAGAUGCGAACAUCCCACCAGGACCAAGACUUAUGAUACUAGACCAUAUCCAGAGGGACCCGGAGAUAAAGGGCAAACGAAAGUAAAGCCUUGUUGUUUAUAUGGUUAUCACCUUAAUCAAUCUGUUUUGAUGGUAACGAUCUUCAAACACAUCAUAUGUAAUGCCUUUUACUUUUAGCUGCUAUUGACUGCAGGAAGAACUCUUGUUAGAUUCUUCUGUUUCUAUUAGCAAUGUUUGAUUCUCAUUUAAACUUUAUGAGUAUUUCGUCUCAAAUCGAAUUGGAUUAUAGGUUUCUGAAUAAAACGAAAAUGGAAUA